AUGGGCACCGAGGGUCUCCUGUCCCCUCAGAUGCUGUGGCUGCUCCUCUGGGUACAGCUGUGCAGGGGGGCUGCGGAGGUGAGGCUGGCGGAUGGCGGCAGGCGCUGUGCUGGGAGAGUGGAGGUGAAACACAAUGACGAGUGGGGGACCGUGUGUGAUGACUACUGGAGCAUGACCGAUGCGGCAGUGGUUUGUAAGCAGCUGGGCUGUGGGUCUGCUGUUGGAGCUCCUCAGUAUGGACACUUUGGGGCAGGAUCUGGCCCCAUUUGGGUGGAUGAUGUUGGCUGUAAUGGCACCGAGUCUGCCCUGUCUGACUGCAAACACAGCGGAUGGGGUGAACAUAACUGUGGCCACAGUGAGGAUGCUGGAGUGAUGUGUUCAGGUGCUGUGGAGGUGAGGCUGGCGGAUGGCGACAGGCACUGUGCUGGGAGAGUGGAGGUGAAACAACAGGACCAGUGGGGGACCAUCUGUGGUGACUACUGGAGCAUGAACAAUGCGGCAGUGGUUUGUAAGCAGCUGGGCUGUGGGUCUGCUGUUGGAGCUCCUCAGUAUGGACAGUUUGGGGAAGGAUCUGGCCCCAUUUGGAUGGAUGAUGUUGGCUGUAAUGGCACUGAGUCUGCCCUGUCUGACUGCAAACACAGCGGAUGGGGUGAACAUAACUGUUUUCACGCUCGCGAUGCUGGAGUGAUAUGUUCAGAAUACACAGGGUUCAGGCUGGUGAACGGCAGCACAGCAUGUGCAGGGAGGGUAGAGGUCCAGGUGCUGGGGACCUGGGGGACCCUCUGUGCCUCCCGCUGGGAUCUGUCGGAUGCCCACGUUCUCUGUCGUCAACUCAACUGUGGGUUUGCUGAGUCCAUUCCUGGAGGAGAGCAUUUUGGGAGAGAGACUGGCCCUGUCUGGAGAGACUCAUUCCACUGUGACGGGACAGAAGCCCACCUGGGACAGUGCCCAGUGAUCACCCUGGGGGCCUCACCAUGCUCCCACGGGAACAACGCUGCUGUCGUUUGCUCAGGCUCAGCCGGCUUUGCAUCCCUGCGGCUGGCGGGUGGAGGGAGCCGGUGCGAUGGACGAGUGGAGAUCUUCCAGAAUGGGACGUGGGGCAGAGUCCUGGAUGACCAGUGGGACGUGCGGGAGGCCAGCGUGGUGUGCCGGCAGCUGCGGUGUGGAGAGGCAGAGAAAGCCUACAACCCCCCAAAGCCUGAGAGAGGGAUGGGUCCCGUGGGGCUGCGAGGGGUCCGGUGCGCAGGGCACGAGGCCAACCUGGCCCUCUGCAACACCUCCCUGCCCAAGAGUUCACCGGUGGCAGGGAUUGUGGAGGACGUGGGAGUCAUUUGCUGGGGGAGCCGGAGGGUCCAGCUGGUGAACGGGUCCGGGCGCUGCGCUGGGAGAGUGGAGAUCUACUACCAGGGCAUCUGGGGGACUGUCUGUGACGAUGGCUGGGACCUGUCUGAUGCCGCCGUCGUUUGCCACCAGCUGGGCUGUGGAGGGGCAGUGGAGGCAGCCAGCUCCGCUCGGUUUGGGACAGGCUCCAGGCAGAUCUGGCUGGAUGGCGUGAACUGCUCUGGGGCUGAAGCUGCUCUCUGGGACUGCCCUGCCAGGCCCUGGGGGCAGCACGACUGCGGGCACAAAGAGGAUGCGGGAGUCAUCUGCUCAGAGUUCGUGGCCCUGAGGCUGGAGAACAGUGAUGGCUGCUCCGGGCGCCUGCAGGUUUUCUACAACGGGACGUGGGGCAGCAUUUGCUCCAACUCCAUGACUCUCGACACAGUGUCGCUGGCAUGCAAGGAGCUGGGCUGCGGGGAUGGAGGAUCCCUGGAAACACAGCUGCCUUAUGGAAGGGUGUCUGGCCCUACGUGGCUGGAUAACAUGCAGUGUGGGGAGAAAACCAGCUCCUUCUGGCAGUGUCCCUCUGCUCCCUGGAACCCACGGUCAUGUGAAGACCUGAGAGAGGAGAUCCACAUCACCUGCAAUGGGAGACGCCCAGAAAUGCCCUCGAUCCCGCUGGCCCCGUGCCCCAACUCCACGACGUGCACAGACAGGGAGAAGAUUCGUGCCGUGGGAGGUGAGGACGGGUGCUCGGGCAGAGUGGAGGUGUGGCACCGUGGCUCUUGGGGGACGGUGUGCGACGACUCCUGGGACAUGCGGGAUGCUGAGGUGGCGUGCAGGCAGCUGGGCUGUGGCCCCGCGGUGUCUGCCUUGCAUGAGGCUGCGUUUGGGAUGGGGACGGGCCCCAUCUGGCUGGAGCAGGUGGAGUGCCGUGGGACAGAGCCAUCUCUGCAGGACUGCUGGGCCCGGCCUGGGGAUGGCGGUGCUUGCCGGCAUAAGGAAGAUGCUGCCAUGAACUGCUCAGGUGAGACAGCAGCAUCCCCACCACGAGCAGAUUCCCCCCGGGGCCGUCUGAGUGGCAGUGGGAGAGUCUCAGUGCCUGUCAUCAUCUGCAUCAUCCUGGGGGCCCUUCUCUGCCUGCUCCUGGCCCUCCUGGCUGGGCAAGCACUAAGCAGCAGGGCUGGGCGCAGAGGCUCCAGGAGUGCUCAGGAGCCCUUCCCUGAGGCCCUGUACGAGGAGAUCGGUUACAGCCCAGUGUGGGAGAAGCAGGCGAGGUUUCCUCGCUCAGAAAAGGCUUACACUGACCUUCAGUUCCCUGGCCAGCUCUGCCUUGCUGGCAAGUAUCAGAUCCGGGUUUGCAUUACCCUUGUUGGCCCAUCUGGCAGCUGUGUGAAGAUGUUCGCCCAAGACACUCCAGAAACGGCGUGGACUGUUUGCAUGCUGCUGUGUUCCCCUUCCAGAAAAUUCCAGGGUCAUCCAAGUCCCCAGUGA